GGACGGGACCGCCGCCGGUGCCGCAGGCGACAGCUCUGCCAAUUCCAUCACCCUCUCAACCGGAGCUCUGGUUGCCAUCAUCAUUGUGGUUGUGGUGGUCAUCUUGAUUGGCAUAUCAACCGCCACUCUCUUCUUCAUCGCCAAGAAGCGUGAAUGGACCAUCAAGGAGACCAUGAGAAGGUCGGCCAAGAAGGUCGCCAUUGCCCUCACCCCAAGGCGAUCCGAGUUCCCCCGUUCUGUCAAGGGCUCAACGCGCUCUAACCGACGAGGGCGAACCAAGCUUGACGACGUGCCGCCAACUCCUCGACUGCGACCUGAAGACGUGGAGAAGGGCCUGGCCCGAAGCGAGAGCAAGCC